GUCAUCGAGCGGCCCGGAAGCGACAACACGUGUGAAGCUUUUCCCUACUCCCUGUUUCUUGGUCUUGUGUGUGUCUCUCUCUGAUCAUGGGUCGCUCCCGGCGAACCGGCGCGCACCGAGCACAUUCCUUAGCUCGCCAGAUGAAGGCCAAGAAGCGGCGGCCGGACCUGGAUGAGAUCCAUCGCGAGCUGAGGCCGCAGGGGCUCCCGCGGCCCAAGCGGGAGCGGGACGCAGAGCCCGACCCGGACCUGCCAGGGGGCGGCCUGCAUCGCUGUCUGGCCUGCGCGAGGUACUUCAUCGAUUCUGCCAACCUGAAGACCCACUUCCGAUCCAAAGACCACAAGAAAAGGCUGAAGCAGCUGAGUGUCGAACCCUACAGUCAGGAAGAGGCUGAGAGGGCAGCGGGCAUGGGCUCGUAUGUGCAACCCCAGCGUCUGGGCAUGCCCACAGAAGUGUCCACUGAGAUUCCUGAGAUGGACACAUCCACCUGAGUGGCCUAAGGAUGCAGGGCAGAGAAACUGCCCAUGGGCAGUGGUUCAUCAGCUAGGCUGAGAGUGUAUGUUUUGGAUUUUGAGUUUGCAGAUAUGCUCUCUUCUUCUGGGUAUUCUGCCCAAAAUAAAGGACCUGGACAAGAGGGUGCACCUCUGAUACUAACUUCCCUUACCAGGGGUUUCUGGGCCAAGAUGUCUACUCCCUACUAGGUCCAGCUUUGGAACGUGUUUCCCCCGCCUGCUUCUUUGAAUCCGGGCUGGAGUCUACGUACAUCGUAAAACCGGGGAGUAGGAAGGAUCUAGUGAUGGCCAAGACUAAUCCCCUAGGGGAAAAAGUGGGAUUUGGAUCUUGCAGCCCCCUCACCUGAGGCACCUACUUCCUAAGCCUGGGUGAGAGGCUGCCUGCCUCAUCACGGAGCUUGUGAUGGCUGCCGCUGCUUCACCAUCUUCCACACAGCAUAACAGGAGCCACCUAACCCGAGGACAGCCAACAGUGUAGCCACAAUCCCAACCAGUGGACUCCGGGGCUCUGCCUUCAGCUCCCCAGCCACCUGCAUCUGGGAGAACACAGAGGGUGCACAUGAAGGGUCAGCGGAGGCUUCUAGUCGGGAAGGGGAGAAGAUGGCGCAGCUGGGUAAAGAAGAUACCGACGCCAUUUCUGCCCCAGGGAGAUUCCACCCCAAUCCUUCUCGCUUCACUGCCCAUCUGGGUCCGGGCUAGUCAGGCAGUAGGGAAUGUGACAGCCUGGCUGUUGGGGGUAUCAGCCCUGUCAUUGGGGGAAGUGGGGAGGAAGAGGUCAGUAGGGCCAAAAGCCGGUAUUUAGAUUUACUUACCUGUAGCACCCGGAAAUAGCCCGGAGUCAGGCGUCGAAAUCUCAUAGUGGGUGUCUCUCUGUUGGCCUGUGAAAUGGGAGCAGAAAUGCGGACUAGAUGUUGUUGCCCAGGGUACCAAGAAAUGGAAGCCAGAGCAUAGGGGUCCCUGACCUAUUUGCCUGGGCACUGCGUGCUCAGAGGAUGCUCACCGAUGCUGGCUUUCCCAAGUCUGGCAGGGGGCGGGGCGGCUGAAUCUUUAAAUCUGGUCCCUUCCCCCCCUGCCUGCUGCUGCCUUGCCAGCCUUAGGAGCAGCUGUCAGGAGAGAUCAGCAUCAGGCCUGAGUAUCAGCUCCUCCCCCAUUUACCAGAGAGGCCAGGCCAGGCAUGUAGGUAAAGCCUUGGCUGGCAGUGCCCAGGAGUCCAGGCAUCAAACAGGUACUGGGCAGCUUUCCUCAGCCCUGGUCUGGACCAUAUGUGAGCAUUCAGCAAAAGAGGCCAUAUGACUUCUUAGCCACUUUGCCAUUUGGGUUCUGUAAAUUCAACCACUUGGUGGGAGGGUACACGUCAUUUCCCACCCCCAAAGAUGAAGUUCCCACAGUACAUCUCUUUUGUGGACUUGAACAUGAUCAAAAAACACUUGCUUGUGCCAUUAAGCUGUCUAAAAUAUUGUGUUAAAAAAUUAACUACA